AUGUACUAUUGUCUAAGAACAGAGCAUGUCUACAACGCGUUUUACGAACGGUUUGGGUCCGGCUUUGUCUUUGUGGAGAAUGAAGAAUUCCAACGCAAUGGUUUUGAUGGACAUGAGUGCAGCGGUUGUCGCUACGAGGACCCUUUGUUCCUCCUUGUUGACCACAACAGGUUCCAUUCGCCCGAGUAUCAGAGAAAGAAGAUGGCUAGCUUGCGGCUGGAAAGGGAGCUGUUCAAGUUUUACGAGCCUGCCAAAUUCUACAGUAGAAUUUUUUUUGGCUCUACGAGAACCCGCUUGGCAUCUGACAGCAGUGAUUUGGAUCUGGCCAUUGUUAUUCCGCAAUUCAUCAAUGCUAGCAACGAGACAUUGAAAGAGCUCAAAGGCAUGCCAACCUCAUUCUUCAACAUGCACUACUUGGCCACGAAACUACGAGAAAUAGGCCUGGUGAAUGUGCAAGCGAUUCAGGGUGCAACAGUGCCAAUCUGUAAAUUCACCGACUCUGAAACAGGACUGCAAUGUGACAUUAACGCUUCCAGUUCUCUGGGUGUGGAGAACAGCCAGCUGAUUGACGCAUACAGGAAGCUGGACGCACGUGUAGGCCCUUUUUUGUAUGCCCUCAAGUGUUUCGUAAAGAAGAGAGAUAUCAAUGACAAUCGAAGAGACACCCUGUCAAGUUAUGCGUACUGUCUGCUAGGUAUCUACUUCCUAAUGAACUACAACCACGACUCUCCUAUUGUCUCCAACUUACAAGACUUCAAAUGCAACUGCGAUGCUGAAUGUUCUGGAUAUGGCUGUAAGUUUGGUGCAACAAACUACUCUGUGGACGGGCAGCAGAAGGAACAAGGACGACAGGCUGCUACUAUAACUCAAUGGGAUGGCUAUUGUCUCGACAACCUCGGCAAGAUUAUGCUGGAGUUUUUCAAGUGGGCAUCCAACAUUGAAAACCUCACAAGACACAUGUCGAUCUGUUACUCUGACAUGGACAUUCCAAAUGUGCCAAACAAGUGGUUCAGGAAGAGCAUGGUGAUACAGGAUCCAUUCGUCCUCAGCAAGAAUGUUGCAAGCUCAUGUAGUGAAUUAGAACUCAAUAGAAUACUAGCUGAAUUCCAGCGUGCAGCCAAUCUACUCGAGGAAACUGACAUGACAUUUGUUGAAAUGUGCAAUAGUAGGUCAGAGCUUGGAUCGAAUUCUCGAUUCUCAAAUACUGCAGUGGAGGUGCCUCUCAGUGUCAACAAGCCGCGUAGCAAGAGGAAUAAGAAUCGAUUCAGACAUCGCAUGCAAUAA